UGUGUACAAUUGGCUGUCUCUUUCUGCCACGAACAUUUUCCCCGCAAAACUUAGUGGCGCAGCAGCUAUACUGUGGCUGUUUUGAAUUUUUUACUGCCACUAUAAUGCCGAAGCGUGGAUACCCUUUUACGGAAACCUUCUCGUCCCAAUACAAAAUACAUAUUAGGCAGCAUGAGCUGAGUAAUUCCAGUGUGUUGGGGAACAAGUACAGAAAAGAAAUAUACGGCUCGGGCCUUUUUGGGAGCUCUGCGGUUGGUCCAUUUGAGUUCCGGCUCAGAGGACAGACCCUUGUUGGCAAAGAGCAACAGACUGUGGGGAGUUCUCAUACACAGCGUCAACGGUACAUGGAGGAGAAAGACAAGUCGACGUUCUAUAAUCAUGAUGUGCGGCCAGAUGUUGGAUUCCCUCUGGUCGGUUCUUCGAGGUUUCCGUCCAAUGCCCGGCGAGGCAGCCUGCGCUCGCUGGUCUUGCUCGGCUGCUGGCUGGCUGGCUGCUGUGUGUGUCAACGAGCAGGUUGAUCGUGUGGCCGCCAAGUCUCGCGACAGCGUCCGGCCCCCAGCUACAAACGUGUACUACUGCGAGAACGCACACAGCGGCAGCAAGUAGCAGAGGACCCCGGCUGCAACAUCCAUUGCUGCUGGAAACACCUGUCUGCUCAGUGCGCGGUCCUCCCUCCACACCCGAAAGCGGAGGGCUGGGGCUCAACAGUAGUGCAUACAAGGAAGCGAUUUUCUCUAGUGGUUCUCAAAUUUAUUGAACCAAGUGCCACCACAAGCAAUAUUUGGUUCGCCCAGUGGCACAUCCAAAAUAAUUAACCAAUAUUAAAAUAUAGUGGCAGUGUUCAUCACAACGAACAUGUGAUUUGAUAAAAAUAUUUUCCACAUAAACGUUUGAUCAAACUGAGACCUGCAAAUUUCAAUUAUUUAAGAAA